AUGCCUGCUUACACCUUAAUGAAUGAUUAUAAAUUAGUUAGACAUGCUGAAUUCAUUUGGGCAAUUCCGAAUCGAGAAGACUUACGACGUAAUGAAAGUGUCCUCAAAGCUCAGGCAUUCAUAUGUUUCCAUCGGCAAAAUUUCAAAGAACUUUAUCGAAUUCUUGAAACUAAUCAGUUCUCACCGGAAAAUCAUGCAGAAUUACAAGAUUUAUGGUUGAAAGCACAUUACAGUGAAGCUGAAAAAAUACGAGGUAGAGAGUUAGGCGCUGUUGGAAAAUAUCGAAUACGAAGGAAAUUUCCACUACCUCGAACAAUUUGGGAUGGUGAAGAAACAAGUUACUGUUUCAGAGAAAAAUCAAGGUAUACAUUGAAAAAUUGGUACGCAAAAAAUCCAUAUCCGUCACCAAAGGAGAAGAAAGAGUUAGCGGAAGAAACACAUCUUACCGUAACACAGGUAUCAAAUUGGUUCAAGAACAGAAGACAACGAGAUCGAGCCGCCGAGAAUAAGGGAAGCGGUGUGUCUGGCGAACGAAAGGAAAAUUCAGAUAUAUCCAGCGAUGAUGGCUUAUGCGAUGUUAAACAUCAACAACAGCAACAUCAGCAUCAACGACAACGUCAACAAUGUUCACAGAUGCUUCUGAAUCCGUCGAUGUCGAUGUCAUCAGCAGUUCAGGAAACGAACAAUCUCGCUACAGCUUACAGUAACCAGCUAGCAGUAGCAGCUACGCCAGGAUUCAAUUUUGCUUACAAUACAAAUCAAUCUAUGCAAUAUAUCCCGAGUGCUGAUAUGCUUUAUAUGACGAGUUAUCAGUCAUUAUGA